CGAAUGACAACUCGCAGAGUUGUUCUCGCUCGCGCGGCCGGAAGGAGGGAUUCACCGGGAAGAGGAGGGAGGACAGGAGUCGCGAAGGACAGUCAGUGUCGGAGGUACGAGUCCAGGGUCGACUUGACUUUCUCCGGUUCGUCCCCCCCGACCCUCCUGCAGACGCCCGACGGCUUCCCGUCGUCCUCACCCACCCCAAGUGUCCCUUGCGUGUCCGCGCGAGGACGGGCGCUGAAAACAAUAGAUCCUCCGAGACCAGCUGAGGGACACCGGGACAGAGAACCAUGGAGAUCUGCUCCACUUCCAGGAAACUUACUUUGCUCUCCUUUCUCAUGGGGCUCUCAGGCAUAUGGGCCGAAAUCGAAUUGCCUCAAACCAGCAUGGAAGUGGUCAAAGGUAAACUGGUGCAGCUAAGCGCCUCGUACGUCGGAAACCCAGAUGCUGACCUGGCCGCCAGCACCAUCGUCUGGAACUUGAUGACGGACAACCCCCAGCAGGUCAUCAGCUACACCAAAGGCACCAUCAACGUGGGCAGCACCCAGUUCAAAGGCCGCGUCGGGUUCUUGAAGACGAUGCCUUCGAGGGACGUUUCUCUGUACAUCAACAACACCAGGGAGUCUGACUCUGGCCGUUAUGUGUGUCAGAUCAUCAUUCCUUCUCUUCCUGUCAGUCCCGCUCAGGUCUUUCUUGAAGUGACGGUCCCUCCCGCUGUUCCCAAGUGCUCUAUGUCCGGGAAGCCAGUGCUGAAAGGAAACGUGACUCUGACGUGCACGUCUGGUGCCGGGAAGCCGGUCCCGCUGUACAAGUGGAGGAGAACCAGUCCCACCUCUGAGGUCUUUUUUGCACCAAUGCUCAACGAGAACAGCGGGGAUCUGAAGUUGAGCAACCUGAGCAGCAACAUGUCCGGGUCGUACGUGUGCACGGCCAGCAACUCAGCGGGACGUGAGACCUGCUCCGUCACCCUGGACAUCAUCAACACCAAUAAGGUCGGAAUGAUUGUUGGCGCAACAGUUGGAUCGGUCCUCGGUUUCGUCUUCCUGCUCUGUGUCUGCGUCGGGUUUCUGUUUGUUUUCAAGAGAAGAAGAGACAACGAGGACGACAUGGCCAAUGAAAUCAAGGAAGACGCUCAGGCUCCGAAGCGCGUCUCCUGGGCGAAGAGCGGGAUGGGCUCUGACGUCAUCUCCAAGAACGGCACGCUGUCCUCCAUCGCCUCCAGCCCGCGCCACAAAGACAACCACCACCACCUGCAGCAGUAUCCCCGGCAUCCUGCCUCGGACACCGCCUCCAUCAUCACAGCCACAGGCAGCGCCACCGGCUACAGACCGCCCCGCCACCAGGGGGCCUCCUCUCCCACUCAUUACAGCUACAACAACAGCAGCACGCUGCCCCACGGACAGCCCGCCUCCACCCAGGCCGCCAACGGCAGUUCGCAGGCGGUCCAGGAGCGCUAUGGCCACCUGCCCCAGGCCCAGCAGCUGCCCCAGACCUUGACCCAGCUGCAUGGGCAGUUCCAGCCCGCCCCGUCCCCGCCGCCGCUGCCCACCUCCACCAUCACAGCCUCCAACAUCCACCGCAUGGGAGGGGUGCCCAUCAUGGUGCCUGCGCAAAACCAAGCAGGUUCUCUGGUCUAACGGAAGUGGCGUGGCACGCAGUGAGACUGACGGAGGCUCAAACGCUUCAUGUUUGUAUUUUUGUCAGCAAACAGGACGAGAGGAGGAAGUCAUUCACUGUUACAGGCUGCCAGGACGACCAUUCAAGACAUGCUUUUUACUUGCUUUGUAUUCACUCUUUAUACUCUGUUGUCACAAAUGAAGUAUAGGUAAAAUUCCUUUUUCUACUUUUUUAUUGCCAUGUUGUUCUCCAGCUGUUCACCCGGCAACCGGAUUGUUUUUUGUUGUUGUUGUUGUUUUUAAAGGGUUUAUUAUUCCCAAUUUUCAGCAGGAAACGGUCGGAACGUAAAUCUCUCAGCCACCCUCUCAUACAACAACUACCAAAAGGAUGAGUCAUUGUUUCUUAAGAAUCCUUUAAAGAAAAGGCCAGAAUGUGUUUGAUCUCUGCAAACACUUUGCAGCACGUGUGAAGCAAGGCUCCCAGCAAAACACUCAAACCUCGGCCAGUUCUUCAGAUGUCUUCGUCGUGACGCUUCAGCAUCGUCUUUGGCGCGGAGAAGGGAGACGGAUGAGGAGGGGAAAACCACGAGGCUUGAAUCUCAGUUUUCCAAGGCUGGAAAGUCUCACUUGAUCAGAUAAGCGACGAGAAGGAAAAGCACGCGCUCUGUGUUUGGAGUGCAUGAUUCGCUCAGUCUACUCACACUAAGUUAUGCCUGCGGAGCACAAAACGUCAGCCAUUGAGCCGGGGGACGCAUCCGCACAGCAACCCGCUAAUAGCUGAUGAAGACACCGUAUCGGUUUUCUCCUCCUCCGCAGUGAUGACUUGAUGGUGAAGGCGCGGAAGCUUCCCAUAUUCUGAGGAAGCAGCCUGAGGUGUUGUGAGACAGACGGGAUGCUGCAUCUCUGUGCAAACCGGGUCGUUUAGAUUUGCUGCGAUCCAUUUCAUGUUAGAAAGGAUCUUGGAGGUCCUGAAGCGAGGGCUUGGUUCGGGUGGAUGGAGUUCUGUUUGAAACGUUCUCUAGUCCUGAAAAAACCACUUAUGACUCUGAUUCGCUCUGCGUAUUUUCAUCCUUGCAUUAUAACAUGUCAGGUUUCCAGUAAGACGAAAGAAAUAUAUAAAUAUAUUUAUUAGUUUUUAAAUGUGUUUCAGACAUUUUUGUUUGUUUGUUUUUCUUUUUUUUUUUUCAGGUCUAAUCUGUAUGAAUGAUGAUAUCAAACUUAGAUGGAAUAUUAAUCUGAAACACUGGAUGCCGAACCGUAGAUAAAGCCGUCUUCGUUCCUGAUAUGUUGCAGCUUUUUAUAGCAGCGGUUAAACUUCAGGUCACUUUCAUAAAAUAAAUCACUGACAAAAACACCGAAUGCUGAAAAUCCGUUAGAUAUUCUCAAGACGCCUACAGACACCAGCUUUACUCUCUCAAGCACAGGAGCUACAUGACAUUAAUGUUUAUGAUAAUCUAAUGAAGAGUUGCCAAUUUCUGAAAUUAUAGAGGCAAGCAUAAAAGCCUCGGUGAAAAACAACUGUUGAGUAACGCAAGAAUUUUAUUCAUUUCAAAUUGUAACAGCCACCGUAAGAAAAUGAUGGAGCCAUAUUAAACAAAUCCUUAUGCAAGUGAUCACAAUUAGCAUUUUUACGUAUUUUUUUAAUUAUUAUUAUUAGUUUAUAACCAUUAAAAGUCAUAACUCACUGUUUCUGAUCAAUUUGCACAUUCUGAAAUAUUUCAUAGGAAGAGCUACAAACUAAAAGUUGUGUCAGAAAAGGUGGGAGGAAUCCAGUGAAGAGUAUUUGUUGGUUUACACAGAGACGCUUCUCCAUUUACAAGAAUUUAUAGAUUCUCUUCUUUAGGAAUGUGUCCAGUUUCCUUAUUGAAGAUGUUUUAUUUUUCAUAUACAUGUAUUUGGAUUUCUUGUCCGCUUUUUAAAAAAAUAAAAGUUUGUCACAGUUUCUCCUUUCUCCUGCUGCACUUUGGACACACGGAGACAUUUACUAUCCGUCUCGCUUUCAACACGGAACGUGAGGACAUUCCAGAACCACCCGUCCUGAAACCAGUGAUCUGAAACGUUUCUUAGCCGUGGAGCCUUUCCGUUGAAUGUCGACGACACUUAAGCAAACUGGAAAAUGUGUCAUUUCUUGCGGUUGUCAGACUCCGUGUUUUAGAGCGUGACUGAGUCGUUGAAAUGUGUACAUUGACGAUUAUAAUGUAUUGUUGAAGUCGAGCCUUUAUUUUUCUACAGCGAACAUUAGAGCACAUGAAGAGCGUUUCUUUUUACCAUGUACCUUUAUGAAUUAAAUAAGUGCUCUCCAUCACAGCAGGAAGCAUUGCAGAGGCUUUGUGGACAAACAGGCGGUGAAGCAUCUUAUUUAUAAUGUGCAUUGUCCACCUGUAUACUCCAUAUUUAUGUUCAUGAAAAAAAAAAAGCCUGAUAUUUUCAAAUAAACAUAAACAAAG